UUAUUUUCUCUCUCUGAAAUACUCUCCUUCUCUACAAAGUUAUCAGCUUUUUCUUUUUUUUUUCUUUUAUUAAUUUAUCGUUUUAAUAGAAAACCCUAGCAACGACCCUAUUCUCUCUCUUUGAUUGCCUUUCACCUUUUGCAGAUCUCAUCUACUCACAGUUUCUGGUUUUUCAAUCUUAUUUUUUUUCUCUCUCUCUUUCUGUUGAGCUUGUGAAGGCGAAUUGUGGGAUUUCUUUUUUCGGAAAUUGUUUCACGGCGAGGAGGAGCUGAAUCUGGGCUGGAAGAAUUCCUUCAGCAAAGGAAUUGGCGUCACUGUGCCCAAGGCAAGAACACGCGAUAAACCCAUGAUUACUAUGGUCUUUCUCUGUCUCUAAAUUUGGGUCAUUUGGGAUCAAGAAUUGGUGUUCAGGUUUCAGUAAUUGAGAGCAAUAAAAUUGAAACAAUGACUCGGAUUUUGGUUCAACGAGGCAGUGGUUCUUCUUCUUCAAACCAGAGCCGGGCAGGGUCCUCUUCAGCUGCUCGGUCAGAGAUUCAAGGUGCAGCUACCCCUCAGGUCAUUUCAGCUCUGAAAGAUGAUGAAAUUGUUGAUGAGGCACAGCAACUUCAUGUUGUGGAUGAGCUCUUGGAGUAUUGUGGGAGUAGCGAGAUCAAGGCUGCAAAAAAUGAUGAGCUACCGAUGGAAGGCUUAAAUAGUGAUAAAAAUGAGAGUUCGAGUAGCGAAGUUGUUGAUAACGAGAAACUGGUCAAUGCUGAGGGUGUCAGAUCAGGGGAAUUGGUAAAAGGAUUGGAUCGGCUGAGGGUAACGGAGAGACCUACACCUGAGAGUGAUGGUUCAAGCAGUGGUUCCCCAGAUGUUGGCAGUGGAAGCCCGCAACCACCACCCCCUCCCGUGCCACCUCCAAAACCUUUGGCAACAAACUCAAGCUCAAGGAGAUCUGUAUCAGGAAUUUCUAAUGCUGUGCGAACUGGAUCAUCUAGAAGAGCAGUUGCUUGGCCUGUUGUUUCCACAAGAACUUCACCAUCUGGAUCACGGCCUUCCUCCCCUAGGUCUCAUGGCGACAGUGAGGGGUAUAAUAGUGCUGAUGAGCAGAACCCUUGCUUUGGUUCCUCCUAUGAUGAUCUGGAAAGAGAGCGCCAAUUUGAGAUUGACAUAAGGCGGUCUAAAGGACUAGAAGUCAAAAGAAUGCUAGAGGAUGGGAAUUGUCUCUUCCGUGCUGUUGCUGAUCAAGUAUAUGGAGAUUCUGAAGUAUAUGAUCUGACUAGACAAAUGUGCAUAGACUAUAUGGAACGGGAGAGGGAUCACUUUUCUCAAUUUAUUACAGAAGGCUUUACAUCUUACUGUAAGAGAAAGAGAAGAGACAAGGUUUAUGGGAACAAUGUGGAGAUUCAAGCUUUAUCAGAAAUGUAUAACCGACCUAUCCAUAUUUACUCAUAUACCACAGAGCCUAUCAACAUUUUCCAUGGAAGCUACAACACUGAUACGCCACCCAUAAGGCUAAGUUACCAUCACGGAAAUCACUAUAAUUCUCUUGUUGACCCACGUCGACUGACAGUUGGUGCAGGACUUGGUUUCAGCUGUCUUCGAGGGACAAAUGUGGACAAGGAUCAGGUGAAAGCUGCAAUUAAAGCUCAACAAGACCAGCAGAUUGACAAUGCACUUUUAGCUGAGGGGCGAUUUUACUCAGAUCUUGAGCUUACUGAGAAAGAGAUUGAAAGAAUGGUGAUGGAAGCUUCUCGUGCAGAGUAUCUGGCCAAUGAUAAGUUCAAACAGCAACUUUGUCACAAAGAAUCUUCUACAUCUGGUGCUGAACCAUCUUCUUCUGGAGCAAGAUCAUCAGACAGCGAGACUAAGGUGGAAGGCACGAGGACAAACAGUUUGCAGGAUACUGUACUUAGCAGUAGCAUGCAGAUGGUUCUGUCAAUGGGAUUCAGCUAUCUGCAAGCGAUUGAGGCAUACAGCAUAUUUGGUGACGAUGUGGAUUCAAUGGUCUGUUACCUCUUGGAAACUGCCAGUAGCAGCAGACGAAAAGGCAAAGCGACUGAAUGAGCCAAAAGAAAAGAGUUAUGGGAUUACAUUGGCUAAAAGAUUACAGCUUUUCAAGUAAAGAAAGAAAGAAAGAAAAAAGAAAAGAAAGGAAAUUGAAAGAAACAGUCCAAUUUAAAUGCAAGCAAAACUGUUGUUGGGACUUGAUAAUGUGUUAUUGAUGUUGGAAUAAUAAAAAUGGAAAACUAGUUAAUUGUUA